AUGCCUGAGGGGGUCAUCCCGGAGCGUCCCUUCCGUAUCACCGUCAUCGGGCUGGGGAACUGGGGGACGACGAUCGCCAAGGUGUUGGCGGAGAACGCCGCCACGCGCCCCAACUUGUUCAAGCACAACGUCUACAUGUGGGUCCACCAGGAGAUGAUCGACGGCCAGCGGCUCACCGACAUCAUCAACGACAAGCACGAGAACGUCAAGUACUUGCCCGGGGUCCACUUGCCCCCGAACUUGGUGGCGGAGCCCGACAUUGUCCAGGCGCUGGAAAACGCCGACUUGCUCGUGUUUAACUUGCCCCACCAGUUCUUGCCCACCAUUUGCGCCAAGCUCAAGGGCAAGCUCAAGCCCCACGUGCGGGCGAUCUCGUGUCUCAAGGGGCUCGAAGUCACCAAGGACGGCGUCAAGACGUUGUCGCAAUACAUCACCGACGAAUUGGGGGUGCAGUGCGGCGUGUUGCUGGGGGCCAACUUGGCGCCCGAAAUCGCCCGCGGCAAGUGGCUGGAAACGACGGUGGCCUACAAGAUCCCCGCUGACUUCCAAGGUGAAGGUAAGGACAUCGACCACUUUGUGCUCAAAGCCGCCUUCCACCGCCCUUACUUCCACGUGAGAGUGGUUGAUGACAUUGACGGUACCUCCGUGGCUGGGGCGCUUAAGAACAUUGUUGCCAUCGCUGUGGGUUUUGUCGAGGGUCUCAAAUGGGGCGACAACGCCAAAGCGGCCAUCAUGCGGGUGGGUUUACUUGAAACCAUCAAGUUCUCCACCACUUUCUUCCCCAGCUCCGAAGCCACCACAUUCACCCAGGAGAGUGCCGGGGUCGCCGACUUGAUCACCACCUGCUCUGGUGGUCGUAAUGUCAAGGUGGGUCGCUACAUGGCCGAGACCGGUGCCCUGGCGGCGGAAGCGGAAAAGAAGUUGUUGAACGGUCAGUCGUCGCAGGGUAUCAUCACCGCCAAGGAAGUCCACGAGUUGUUGGUCAACACCAACAAGACGAAGGAGUUCCCCUUAUUUGAGGCCACUUACCAGAUCAUCUAUGGUCUGGAACUGAUCGAAAACUUGCCGCGGUUGUUAGAAAACUGCUCGUAA